UCGCGGCUGGAACGCUGGAGUUACUCUCGAGCACUCAGCGGCUACAGUCAUGGCUGAGCGCCGCGCCUUUGCCCAGAAAAUCAGCAGGACUGUAGCGGCUGAGGUCAGGAAGCAGAUUGCUGGUCAGUACGGAGGCUCACCUCAACUUCUCAAAAACCUCAGUGUGGGUGGGAAUGCAACUAGCAAUGCUAUUCCUCUGACAGAGGCUGUAGAGCCAGUGGAUUUUGAAGAGUAUUUGAUCACGCACCCUCCCCUUAUAGAGUCAGGACCUCUGAGAGAUCUGAUCGAGUUUCCUCCAGAUGACAUUGAAGUGCUUUACACGCCAAGAGAGUGCCGAACUCUUGGCCAGGAUGUGCCUGAGGAGGGUGAGAAUGAUUCACACGUUAGAGACUGCACCCGGUCUUACACUGAGGACUGGGCCAUCGUUAACCGCAAGUACCACAAGUUGGGCACCGCAUUUAAUCCCAACACUUUGGAUAAGCAGAAGGAGAGGCAAAGAGGUUUACCCAAGCAAGUUUUUGAGUCUGACGAGUUGCCAGAUCACAGCAGCUAUCAAGAUGAUCAGGAUGAUCUGAAGCGAAGGUCCAUGUCAAUUGAUGACACUCCACGUGGCAGCUGGGCUUGCAGUAUAUUUGACCUGAAGAACUCUCAGCCUGAUGCUCUGCUGCCUCACCUUCUGGAUCGAGUACCCAACGAAGAAAUCGACCGCCACAAUGAGGACCAGCGCAAGUCAAACCGCCAUCGAGAGCUCUUCGCACUGCAUCCUGCUUUGGAUGAGGAUGAACCCAUUGAGCGCCACUGUGUGCCUGAUGUUCCAAAAGAACAUUUUGGUCAAAGGCUUCUUGUCAAGUGCUUGUCCUUGAAGUUUGAGAUAGAAAUUGAGCCAAUAUUUGCAAGUUUGGCCUUAUAUGAUAUCAAAGAAAAGAAAAGGAUAUCAGAGAACUUUUACUUCGAUUUGAACUCUGAGCAAACGAAGGCCAUGCUGCGACCGCACAUCCCAUCUGCUGCUAUCUCCACCCUGGCCCGCUCUGCUGUCUUUUCAAUCACCUACCCUUCUCAAGACGUCUUCCUUGUUAUCAAGCUUGAGAAGGUGCUUCAGCAGGGAGACAUUGGAGAGUGUGCAGAGCCUUACAUGGUCUUUAAAGAGUCAGAUGCUGCCAAAAAUAAGGAAAAGCUUGAGAAGCUACGCAGUCAGUCCGAACAGUUCUGUCAGCGACUAGGGCGUUAUCGGAUGCCCUUUGCCUGGACGGCCAUACACCUCAUGAAUAUAGUGAACAGUGCCGGCAGCCUAGAGAGAGACACAGAGCUGGAGAUGGGGCUGUCAGAACGGAAAGGCUCUUGGUCUGAACGGAGGAACUCUAGUAUUGUGGGACGUCGUUCGCUGGAGAGAACCACCAGCGGAGAUGAAUCAUGCAGUCUGACCAGCUUCAGACCAGCUACCCUGACAGUCACCAACUUCUUCAAACAGGAAGGAGAUCGACUAAGUGAUGAAGAUCUCUACAAGUUCCUAGCUGACAUGAGGCGCCCAUCCUCUGUGCUGCGUAGACUGAGGCCCAUUACAGCCCAGCUGAAGAUUGACAUCUCACCAGCCCCCGAGAACCCUCACUAUUGCCUGACACCUGAUCUGCUCCAAGUGAUGCCUUACCCAGAUAGUCGAGUGCGGCCAACAAAAGAGAUCCUGGAGUUCCCUGCCAGGGACAUUUAUGUGCCCAACACCACUUACAGGAACCUGCUGUAUGUGAACCCACAGAGCCUGAACUUUGCUAACCGUCAAGGCUCAGCCCGUAACAUUACAGUGAAAGUACAGUUCAUGAAUGGGGAAGAUCCUAGCAAUGCUAUGCCUGUAAUCUUUGGGAAAUCCAGUUGUGCAGAGUAUUCAAAGGAGGCGUACACUGCUGUAGUCUAUCACAAUCGAUCGCCAGAUUUCCAUGAAGAAGUUAAAAUCAAGCUACCAGCCUCGCUGACCGACCAUCAUCACAUCCUUUUUACUUUCUAUCAUGUCAGCUGUCAACAGAAACAGAACACUCCACUGGAGACGCCUGUUGGAUACACGUGGAUUCCCAUGCUGCAAAAUGGACGCUUGAGAACAGGUCACUUCUGCCUUCCAGUAUCUCUGGAGAAACCGCCUCAGUCUUACUCUGUUCUCUCUCCUGAUGUUCCCCUUCCUGGAAUGAAAUGGGUGGAUAACCACAGAGGGGUGUUUAAUGUAGAGGUUGUGGCUGCAUCCACCAUCCACACACAGGACCAGUUUUUAGAUAAGUUCUUUGCACUGGUGCAUGCGCUGGAUGAGCAUAUGUUCCCUGUGAGGAUAGGAGACAUGCGCAUUAUGGAGAAUAAUCUGGAGGCUGAGCUACUGCCCAACAUGGACCCCAACUCCCCCUCUCCAGGCCCAGGAGGAUUGGGCGGUUCAGUGCAUUAUGCCACCAUGGCCCGUUCUUCUGUUAGACCUGCAAGCCUCAACCUCAACCGCUCUCGUAGCCUUAGCAACAGCAACCCAGACAUCUCUGGCACUCCAACUUCCCCAGAUGAUGAAGUACGGUCCAUCAUUGGCAGCAAGGGCUUAGAUCGCUCCAACUCCUGGGUGCAUACCAUGGGGUGCAAAAGCUCCCCCUGGGGGACCAGCCCUGGCUCAUCAUCCGAUGCUAAGCAGGCCAUGGAGCGCAGUGGCAAUCGCAUGUCAUCGCACACUGAGAGCGCCAGUUUCUUGCAAACAUUAACAGGACGCUUGCCGACCAAAAAGCUCUUUCAUGAGGAGCUUGCCCUGCAGUGGGUGGUCAGCAGUGGCAGCGUGAGGGAGGGAGCCCUGCAACAGGCCUGGUUCUUCUUUGAGCUUAUGGUUAAGAGCAUCAUUCACCACUUAUACUUUACUGACCGCCUGCAGUCUCCCAGGAAGAACCGCUUCCCUGAGCGCUUCAUGGAUGACAUCACCGCUCUGGUUAGCACCAUUGCAGGUGACAUCGUCUCACGUUUCCAGAAGGAUCUUGAGUUGGUGGAAAGGCUCAACACCAGCUUGGCCUUCUUCCUCAAUGACCUCCUGUCAGUCAUGGAUAGAGGCUUUGUCUUCUCUCUCAUCAAAACCUACUGGAAACAGGUGUCCACCAAGCUCUAUGCACUACAGAACCCCACUCUAGAGUCUCUGAGACUAGACUUCCUGAGGAUCAUCUGUAGCCAUGAACACUACGUCACUCUAAACCUGCCCUUCAGUCUACUUACACCCCCAGCCUCCCCCUCUCCUUCAGUCUCCUCUGCCACAUCUCAGAGUUCUGGAUUCUCUACCCAUGUGCAGGACCAAAAGAUUGCCAACAUGUUUGAGCUGUCUGUGCCCUUCAGAGAGCAGCAUUACCUCACUGGUCUGGUUCUGACAGAGCUGGCUGUAAUACUCGACCCUGAGGCUGACGGGAUGUUUGGUCUUCAUAAGAAGGUCAUCAGCGUGGUUCAUAAUCUGCUGUCCAGUCAUGACUCGGACCCACGUUAUGCUGACCCUGAGGUCAAAGCUCGAGUUGCACUGCUCUACCUACCACUCAUAGGCAUUGUGAUGGAAACCCUUCCCCAGCUCCAUGAUUUCACCGAAUCCCAUAAUCAGUGGGGGCGUCCUGGUGGUCCAGGUACCGAGGAGCAGGAAGCUGAGGGCAACAGUAUGAUUAGCCAGACUGUUGCAAUGGCAAUUGCAGGGACCUCUGUGCCACAGAUGUCACGGCCUAGUAGUUUUCUGCUCAAUCCACAGGCCACCCGUCAGCAUGGCUCGUUCUCAGCUGAGUCCAGUCGUAGUCUGCUCAUCUGUCUGCUGUGGGUGCUGAAGAAUGCCGAUGAGAUGGUGCUUCAGAAAUGGUUCACUGACCUGUCUGUCUCGCAGCUCAAUCGCCUGUUGGACCUGCUCUACCUCUGUGCCUCCUGCUUUGAAUACAAGGCCCAUUUUUUGUUCAUGCAGGGCAAAAAGGCAUUUGAACGUAUGAACAGUCUAACCUUUAAGAAAUCCAAAGACAUGAAAGCCAAGUUGGAAGAAGCCAUCCUAGGCAGUAUUGGAGCCAGACAGGAGAUGGUGCGACGGAGCAGGGGGCAGCUUGAGAGAAGUCCAUCAGGCAGUGCUUUUGGCAGCCAAGAAAACCUGCGCUGGAGAAAAGACAUGACCCAUUGGCGCCAGACCAGCGAAAAGAUGGACAAGGGCCAGAGAUCAGUCAGGACCAGGGCUGAGCUGGAGCAUGAAGCAAUUAUUGAUGGCAACUUGGCAACUGAAGCUAAUCUCAUCAUAUUGGAUACACUAGAAAUAAUAGUUCAGACCGUAUCAGUGACGGAGUCCAAAGAAAGCAUUCUGGGAGGGGUUCUGAAAGUCCUGCUACACAGCAUGGCAUGUAAUCAAAGUGCCCUGUAUUUGCAACACUGCUUCGCUACACAGAGAGCUCUCGUGUCAAAGUUUCCAGAGCUGCUGUUUGAGGAGGAGACAGAGCAGUGUGCUGACCUGUGCCUGCGGCUCCUGAGGAAUUGUAGCAGUAGCAUCAGCACCAUCAGAGCCCAUGCCAGCGCCUCCCUCUACCUCCUCAUGAGACAGAACUUUGAGAUCGGAAAUAACUUUGCACGAGUGAAAAUGCAGGUGACCAUGUCUCUUUCGUCUCUGGUGGGUACGUCCCAGAACUUCAAUGAGGAGUUUCUGCGGCGUUCACUCAAGACCAUCCUCACGUAUGCAGAAGAGGACCUAGAGCUCAGAGAAACCACCUUUUCUGACCAGGUUCAAGAUCUGGUGUUUAACCUGCACAUGAUUCUUUCGGACACAGUAAAAAUGAAGGAACAUCAAGAAGAUCCAGAGAUGCUAAUUGAUCUGAUGUACAGGAUUGCUAAGGGCUACCAGACAUCCCCGGAUCUACGACUGACCUGGCUGCAAAAUAUGGCCGGGAAGCACUCAGAGAGGAAUAAUCAUGCAGAGGCAGCUCAAUGCUUGGUACACAGCGCCGCCCUGGUGGCUGAGUACCUCAGCAUGCUGGAGGACCGCAAGUACCUGCCUGUGGGCUGUGUCACCUUUCAGAACAUUUCCUCUAAUGUGCUGGAAGAAUCGGCUGUGUCAGAUGACGUGGUGUCACCAGACGAGGAGGGCAUCUGCUCUGGGAAGUACUUCACUGAGGCAGGCUUAGUUGGGUUGCUGGAACAGGCUGCAGCCUCCUUUUCUAUGGCUGGUAUGUACGAAGCAGUGAACGAAGUCUACAAGGUGCUCAUCCCUAUUCACGAGGCCAACAGGGAUGCCAAGAAAUUAGCCACUAUUCAUGGUAAACUUCAGGAAGCCUUUGGCAAAAUUGUACACCAGAGCACAGGCUGGGAGCGGAUGUUUGGCACUUAUUUCAGAGUUGGAUUUUAUGGUUCUAAAUUGGGUGACUUGGAUGAGCAGGAGUUUGUCUACAAAGAGCCAGCCAUCACCAAGCUGGCAGAAAUCUCACAUCGGCUUGAGAGUUUCUAUGGUGAAAGGUUUGGUGAGGACCAAGUGGAAGUUAUUAAAGAUUCCAAUCCAGUUGACAAGUGUAAAUUGGACCCAAAUAAGGCCUUCAUUCAGAUCACGUACGUUGAACCAUAUUUUGACACUUAUGAAAUGAAGGACCGCAUCACGUACUUCGAUAAGAACUACAACCUGCGCCGCUUCGUCUACUGCACGCCGUUCACACUCGACGGAAGAGCUCACGGUGACCUGCACGAACAGUUUAAACGAAAGACCAUUCUCACUACCUCCCACGCUUUCCCCUACAUCAAGACCCGCAUCAACAUCAUCCAUAAAGAGGAGAUAAUUUCCACGCCUAUUGAAGUAGCCAUUGAGGACAUGCAGAAGAAGACACAGGAGCUGGCUUUUGCCACUCAUCAAGACCCAUCUGAUGCUAAAAUGUUACAGAUGGUUCUGCAGGGGUCUGUUGGCACCACUGUUAACCAGGGCCCUCUUGAGGUGGCCCAGGUAUUUCUGUCUGAGAUCCCAAGUGAUCCUAAACUCUACAGGCACCAUAAUAAACUGCGACUGUGCUUCAAAGACUUCACCAAGAGAUGUGAAGAUGCCCUUCGCAAAAAUAAGAGUCUGAUUGGUCCAGACCAGAAAGAGUAUCAGAGAGAGCUGGAGAGGAACUACCACAGACUGAAAGAAGCUCUGCAGCCUCUCAUUAACAGGAAGAUCCCACAACUCUACAAACCUGUGUUACAGGUGAACUCACACAGAGACUCUUUUAGCAGAAUGAGCCUUCGCAAGCUAGACGUGUGAAGAUUGAAGAAAUAAAAAGAACAAAUGCAAUUUUAUUUAUUUGUAUAUAUCAGUCCUCCUCACAAUAUCAGUGUUUCUGCCAUAAAGUAAAAA